UAGCUUUUUAACAGAGUUUCUGUAAUGUACUUACACCGUACCCAUCUCUUCUUCUUCUUCUUUCUCUCUUCUUUUAUAAAUACUCUCUCUCCUCUCCUCUCUUUCUCCUCCACAUUUUCCUUGCGAAAACCAAAUUCUCAUUUUUUCUUGAAAUUCUUCUUGUAUGGCACUAACCCUUUUGUCUCACGAGGUAUCCGACCUCUGUAUCGGCAAACCACCGCUACGGUGUCUCUCCGCCGCCACAGCCACCGUCGCUGACGCCAUCGCCGCACUCAAAUCCUCCGACGAGCCUUUCCUCAGCGUCUGGAGCUGUAAUCACGAAGAAACCGAUGAAGAUAACAAAAACAAGUGCGACUGCGAGUGUUUGGGUAAGAUCUGUAUGGCCGAUGUGAUCUGUUACCUGUCUAAAUUCGACAACAACGUUCUGUCUCUUUCCUCUGCUUUCGACGCAUCUGUCUCUGUUCUUCUUCUCCCCAAAUCUCGUUCCAUCGUCGUUCAUGUCCAAUCUUCCUGCAAGUUAAUUGAAGCUAUCGAUCUGAUAAUCAGAGGAGCUCAGAAUCUGAUUGUUCCGAUUCAGACGAAACCAAUCGCAAAGAGAAGACAACAAAAGCUUCUGGUUCGCAAAAACGCCGUCGUUUCACUCACCACCACCACAACAACCCACAAGAACAGCCGCCAAUUCUGCUGGAUCACACAAGAAGACAUAAUCAGAUUCCUUCUCGAUUCCAUUAGCGUCUUCUCUCCUUUACCUUCGCUCUCUAUCUCCGAUCUCGGCGUGAUCAACAGCACACACACUACCCUCUCCGUCGAUUACCACUCCUCCGCCGCCUCCGCCGUCUCCUCCAUCUCUCGCGCUAUCUCCGAUAACAUCUCCGUCGCUGUUGUCGACACUGGAUGCGAUCAAGAAGAUCCAAGAACGGCUUUGAUCGGCGAGAUUUCGCCGAUGACGCUCGCUUGCUGCGACGAAACCGCCGCAGCAGCUGUCGCAACACUCUCCGCCGGAGAUCUGAUGUCGUUUAUCGACGGUAGUGGUCCGCCGGAGAGUUUAGUCAGAGUCGUAAGGAAUCGUCUUGAGGAGAGAGGGAUGGUUGGGUUGAUCUCACUCGUUGAUUCGUUGUCGUCGGGAUCUUCGUCGUCGGACGAGGAAUCUCCGGCGGGGAGAACGAGGAUGGGGGUGUAUGGGAGGUCGGUGAGUAGCGCGGCGAGGAUGGCGAGGAAGUCGGUGGCGAUAGUUUGUAGUCGGAAAAGCUCGUUAAUGGCGGUGAUGAUACAAGCGAUUGCUCAUAGAGUGAGUUAUGUGUGGGUGAUUGAUGAAGAUGGUUGUUUGAUUGGUAUGGUUACUUUUGUUGAUAUUUUGAAACUUUUUAAGAGAUUUUUGGAUGAUCACAAUUGAUGAUAAUCAGUCUUGCUUUUUUUUUUUGUUAUUGUUGUUAGAAUUUACUUAAACACCAGCCAAAAGCAAAAUAUUGUAUUUUCUUCUGGUGAAA